AUGCACCGCAACCGUACCUGGGACGUCUCGCGGUUGACGUUGUUGGAUGCAGCGGGUGUGCCAUUCUCUGCCAUUGCUAGCUGUUGGCCGGUCAUAAAGUUGGGUCUGCAAACACCUUUCUUGGAGUCUGAAGACGGUCAGGGAUCCUCUUCCAUAAGCUCGUCCUCCGUCGAUGCACCGACGCCUCGAUGUCACUGUGGCGUGAGGUCGCCAAUCAGAACCGCUUGGAAAUGUGACUAUCCGGGCAGAAGAUUUUAUGGAUGUUCUGGGUACGGAACCAGCCGGAAAUGCUCAUUCUUUCAGUGGUACGAUCCAGAGCCCCCGCCCCGUUACUCCGACGUCAUUCGCAGGUUGCUAGAAACGAACGAGGGCAUUCGAAGCGAGAACACGGAGUUGAAGAAGACAAGACAGGAACUCCUAGACGAGCUGCGUUCUUUGCAACAUAGUUUGUCUGAAACAAGGGCAGAUCUUGAGGCCGCGAUUUCAGCAUCUACGGCCAUGGAAGACAACAUGCUUGCGAGUGUAGCGACGACGAAGAGGCUAGGUGUUCUGAUCACCGUGCUGAUAUCCGCGAUCAUUUUAUUGGUUUUUUUACCGGUGAAGAUCGCUUCAUGA